CGGGAGAGGUAUCUAGUUUAGCUGCAGAGUUUACCUGUGUCGGUCGGCUCUCUGGUUGCUGUGAGGAGGUUCUGUAAGCAUGUCUGAUCCAGGAAUAAUUGCCAGUCGAUUCCUCUGUUUUGAUCAGAUGUACAGCUUUGAGAGGCGCCUGCAGACCUUCUCAGACUGGCCUUUCCGUGAGGACUGCCAGUGCACACCUGAGCAGAUGGCCAAAGCAGGUUUUGUCCACUGUCCCAGCGAGAAUGAGCCUGAUGUGGUCUGCUGUUUCUACUGCCUCAAAGAGCUGGAGGGCUGGGAGCCUGAAGAUGUCCCCUGGUCUGAGCAUGCCAGACGUUCUCCAGACUGUGCCUUCCUUCAGAUGAAGACCUGGAAGGAGCUCACGGCUAUUGAGUUCUUUCAUCUGGAGCACGGCAGGAUCCGCAACUAUAUAAGGAAAAUGGGACAUAUGAAGAUUGCAUGUUUCCGUGAUGAAGUGGAAAAUAUCAACAAAUACCUGAAGACUCUUUUUGACAUUGCAUCUUAAGCCUUUUUUUGGUAUUUUUUUCCAUGUGUGUUUUAGUGUACAAUUAUUUGUUUGAAUAAAUGUAUAUGUAUUUUUA